GUUGUCGUGUUCCGUUUGUACCUGCCGAGUGCCUGCCGAGUGCCUGCUCGCGGUGGUUGCACAUAGAAAUUCAGCCCGAACCAUCGCAUCUUCUCCAGACCUCCGUCCAGCUUCAACACAUUUCCAACCAAACAUUCGCCUUCCCGCUUCCAAAUGUUCCACUCCCGCGCCUGCUUCUGAUCUUCCAGAUGCCAUAUCCGCGCCCUUCUUUCCCGCCGCUGCCGUUCCGUAAUCAGUCACACGCCUUCCAUCAUCGUCUGCCGCCUAGCCCACUGCCGAAGCCAUCCACCAUACCCGCAUUCUCGAACAGACCAAUACACCAGCUUCCAUCACCUCCGUCGCUCCUCCACACUCCCCCGCCGCCGCCGCAGUCCGUGACACAAUGCCCGGACUACCUACAUCCAUCGACCUGGACGAGUGCAUCGAGCGCCUCUACAAGAAAGAGCUACUCGCGGAAUCGGUGAUCGAGGCAGUAUGCAACAAACUGAAGGAACAACUCAUGUACGAGUCGAACGUGGUGCACAUCCUCGCGCCCGUCACCGUCGUGGGCGACAUCCACGGCCAGUUCUUCGACAUGCUCGAGAUCUUCAAGAUUGGCGGGUUCUGUCCAGACACCAACUAUCUCUUCCUCGGCGACUACGUCGAUAGAGGCCUGUUUUCGGUCGAGACGAUUUCGCUGCUGGUCUGCCUCAAGUUGAGGUAUCCGUCGCGUGUGCAUCUUAUCCGGGGGAACCACGAGAGCAGAGGUGUGACGCAAAGCUACGGGUUCUAUACGGAGUGUAGUCGGAAAUAUGGGAACGCCAAUGUGUGGCACCACUUUACGGACAUGUUCGACUAUCUCACGCUGAGCGUGGUGAUUAAUGACGACAUUUUCUGCGUUCACGGAGGCCUCUCCCCUUCGAUCCACUCGAUAGACCAAAUCAAGAUAAUCGACCGCUUCCGCGAGAUCCCACACGAAGGGCCGAUGGCCGACUUGGUCUGGUCCGACCCUGACCCCGAACGCGACGAGUUUACGCUGUCCCCACGAGGCGCGGGCUACACUUUCGGUGCACAGGUUGUCAAAAAGUUCCUCGAGGUCAACAAGCAAUCACACAUCCUCCGUGCGCACCAGCUGUGCCAAGAGGGGUACCAGGUACUCUACGACGAUAGGUUGUCGACCGUGUGGUCUGCACCAAACUAUUGCUACCGCUGUGGAAACAUGGCAAGUGUCCUAGAGGUUAGUGAUACAGGAGAGCGGUAUUUCAACGUGUUCGAGGCCGCGCCGGAAAAUGCGGAGCAUAGAGACGCGGCGACGGCGCAGCAGGAUAAGGGCGUUAUUGUGGAGUACUUCUUGUAAGAAAGCUGCAGGCGGAUGGUGUAGAUCUGGUUUGGAUUUAUGUACUUGUUUGGUUGCUGUUGACUGGAGUUUGUUCAAGAUGGGUGCUGUUUGUUUGCUCGCCACUGUUUCUCUUUGGCGGUCGUGGUGGUUCUGUGGGCGGCGAGUUUGUGGAUAUAGAUACUUACAUACAUGUUUUCACGAUAAACUUAAAGGACAUAAUGAAUGGCAAUAGAUGUUUCACAGUC